AAGAGGCGGGCCCUAUUAGUCCUGACAGAGAAAGUCCCCGCCCCCGUUGCCAAGGUGCUCUGUGGCGUCGCAUUCUCAUUGGUGGGUGACGGCGGAGGGGCCCGCAGCCGCGGCCAUUUCCAACAAGCUGGCGGGGGCAAAAGAUGGCGACGCCCGUUGGGUGGUCGCCGGGGGGUUCGGGCUCUGUGUGCCUCGCCUUCGACCAACUGCGGGACGUAAUUGAAUCUCAGGAGGAACUUAUCCACCAGCUGAAGAAUGUGAUGGUUCUCCAGGAUGAAAAUUUUGUCAGUAAAGAAGAAUUUCAGGCUAUGGAAAAGAAGCUGGCGGAAGAGAAGGCUGCCCAUGCCAAGACCAAGCUCCUCCUGGCCAAAGAAGAGGAGAAGUUGCAGUUUGCCCUUGGUGAGGUGGAGGUGCUGUCCAAGCAGCUGGAGAAAGAGAAGUUGGCCUUUGAAAAAGCGCUCUCCAAUGUCAAGAGCAGAGUCCUGCAGGAGUCUAGCAAGAAGGACCAGCUCAUCACCAAGUGCAAUGAAAUUGAGUCUCACAUUACAAAGCAGGAAGAUGUACUUAAUGGCAAAGAGAAUGAGAUUAAGGAGUUACAGCAAGUUAUCAGCCAGCAGAAACAGAUCUUCAGGAAUCAGAUAUCUGACUUCCGGAUUCAGAAGCAGCAGGAGAGCUACAUGGCCCAGGUGCUGGACCGGAAGCACAAGAAAGUCUCUGGGACGCGGCAGCCCCGCAACCACCAGCGCCUCAGGGAAAAAUAAAUGGUUGUAGCUUUCCUAUU